AUGUCUUUCCAACCAACUCAAAUUUUUGAGGAGGGCACCACCGAGGAGAAGGGUGAGAAUGCUCGUCUCUCUGCCUUUGUUGGCGCCAUCGCCGUUGGUGAUCUCGUGAAGAGCACUCUCGGACCCAAGGGCAUGGACAAGAUUCUACAGUCAGCCUCCACCGCCGAAAUCAUGGUUACCAACGACGGUGCCACCAUCCUCAAGUCGAUUGCCCUCGAUAACGCCGCCGCCAAGGUCCUUGUCAACAUUUCAAAGGUUCAGGAUGACGAAGUCGGUGACGGUACUACAUCAGUUGCCGUUCUCGCUGCCGAGCUGUUAAGAGAGGCGGAGAAGUUGGUGGACAAGAAGAUCCACCCCCAGACCAUCAUCGAGGGUUACAGAAUAGCCAGCCAAGCUGCGUUGAAGGCUUUGGAAGGCUCUGCCGUCGAUCACAGCAAGAACCCCGAGGCAUUCCGAAAAGACCUUCUCGCCAUCGCCCGAACGACCCUCAGUUCCAAGGUUCUCGCCCAGGACCGCGACCAGUUUGCCGAAUUGGCUGUCGACGCCGUCCUCCGAUUGAAGUCUUCAGACCUCAACCACAUUCAGAUUAUCAAGAAGGCUGGAGGCAAGCUCAGCGACUCAUAUCUCGAUGAGGGUUUCAUUCUCGACAAGAAGAUUGGUGUCAACCAACCCAAGAAGUUGGAGAAGGCCAAGAUCUUGGUGGCCAACACCUCCAUGGAUACUGACAAGGUCAAGAUUUUCGGUGCACGUGUUAAGGUCGGCUCGACAAGCAAGCUCGCCGAGCUCGAGAAGGCCGAGAAGGAGAAGAUGAAGGCCAAGGUCGAGAAGAUCAAGGCCCAUGGCAUCAACUGCUUUAUCAACCGACAACUUAUUUACAACUGGCCCGAGCAGCUGUUCACCGAUGCCGGUAUCAUGUCCAUUGAGCACGCCGACUUCGAUGGUAUUGAGCGUCUGGCCCUUGUGACAGGCGGUGAGAUCGCCUCCACCUUCGACCACCCUGAGCAGGUCAAGCUUGGUCACUGCGAUACGAUUGAGGAGGUCAUCAUUGGUGAGGAUACCCUUAUCAAGUUCUCCGGUGUGUCUGGUGGAGAGGCUUGCACAAUCGUUCUUCGAGGUGCCACGGAACAGCUCCUGGAUGAGGCCGAGCGAAGUCUUCACGACGCCCUUGCUGUCCUGUCGCAGACUGUCAAGGAGCCCCGAACCACUCUUGGUGGUGGCUGCGCUGAGAUGCUGAUGGCCAAGGCUGUUGAGGGUGCCGCUACACGAGUUGAGGGUAAGCGACAAUUGGCUGUUUCCAGCUUCGCUAUUGCCCUUCGACAACUUCCUACUAUCCUGGCCGACAAUGCUGGUCUCGACUCUGGUGAUCUUGUUGCCAGGCUACGCAAAGCUCUUUACGACGGUCUCACAACUUAUGGUCUGGACUUGAUGACACCUGGUGGUGGCAUUACUGAUAUGCGGGAUCUCGGUGUUAUUGAGAGUUACAAGCUGAAGAAGGCUGUUGUGUCAUCGGCCAGCGAGGCCGCAGAACUCCUUCUCCGAGUAGACGAUAUCAUCCGGGCGGCUCCUCGUCGACGAGAGCCAUUUUUCUUCAAGGAAACAACUACCAUGCCGGCGCGGUCGCCCAAAUCCAGGCGCAAGCCUACCGCAUCGUCUCUACCAACUAUUCCUUCGACUCCUAUCUCUCAAGGUUCGCCUUCUUCCUCACGCUCUGCAAAGAAGCGUCGUGACGAGCAAAGCGACGAGCGUAUCGCCGAAACACCACCAGCGAACAUGCCGAAAAGAACCAUUCAGCUCGCCACGGCAAACUCUCAAGACACACCCUUCGAAAUCUCGUCUGCUGAGAGCUCCGAGUCUGAUUGCGAGAUCGUACAGGUAUUGCCGUCGCCAAAUCGCAACGUUUCUGCCGGUCCUCGACCUCGUUCCAACAAGAGAGCCAACACCACGGAGCGCCCGAUUAUUGUCCCCGACGAUAGCGAGUCAGAUUGCAUCCUUCAGAAAGUUCUCCCUUCGCCUCGUCGCAAGCUCUUUACCACCAGCCCCCGAGGUCGCUCUACCAAAAAGGCAAGAAUCGAACGGCGCCCAGUUGCGGCCCCCGAUGGAAACGAUUCGGAUUGCAUCAUUGAGAAAGCCCCUUCACCAAAGCGCAAGCUCGCUGCUACCAGUCCUCGAGGUCGUCCAGCCAAGCGCCCCAAAAUUGAGCAGCGCCCUUUUGUGAUCUCCGAUGAUAGCGAUUCUGAUUGCGUUAUCGAGAAAGUUGUUCCUUCGUCUGGUGGCUCUGUUGACACUCCAGUUCUCAUCGAGAGCGAUGUUGAUAGCGACAACGAUGUUGGCGAUGCGACCUCGCAAGCCGAACCAGCACAGACAGGCCUCGAUGAAGACCGUCCGACGAAACAAUGCCUGAAGAAAGAGAUCCAAGACGAUCGACUUGAAGAAACGUCCACCACCCCUCGCUUGAAAAACGAAAGUCCAUCAUCCACAUAUGAGCUUCAGCCAGUCUACAGUGGCGAUAGACUCCCGCAAUUCCUUGGCUCUGGUGGACAAUCGCCGUUCCAUCCUCGCCAUCGACAGUCAAUUGUCGGCCUGAAGAGCAUUCUGAAAAUGUCCAGCGAAAAACAGACACGCGACAUCAAACCUAACCUAUCAUCCUCACUUCCUAGAGACGAGCAUAUUUUCUCAACACCGAGUCUGAGCGUCCACGAUGGCGACAAGCAGACCAAAACUGUCCUUUCGUCUGAGCGCAGCAUUUCAUAG